UUGGCAUCGUGUUUGGGUUUUUUUUUGGAACCACAAGAGAAGGUACUGCUCCGAGUUUCCAACGAUAUACACCUAUCAUUUUCCUCUGCGCUACCGAUUCAGCUUCUUCCGCGCCUGUCACACCCACUCUCCAACGCUUCUUGUAACCAUCAUCAACUUUGCUCAUCACUUCAUCAAAUCAUUUAAGCUCAAUCGCACCGUCAAAUCCUCUAGACUAAAAGGAAGAAAGAGGUGAUAUGAGUAAGUACGGCUUGCAACUAAGGGUUCAACCAUCCCAGAAGAAGAAGCAACCAACAAGACCUCCUCUCCCUACUCCUAUUGGCUUUCAAGAUGAGGACGACAAUGAUGUUGAGAAAGAGAUUUCUCGUCAGGCCAGCAAGAACAAGGCUCUUAAGGAUAUUGAGGAGCAGCACAAGAAAGCUUUGGAAGAGGACCCCUCAGUAUUUGAUUAUGAUGGAGUGUAUGAUGAAAUGAAAGAAAAUGUUGUUCGCCCUGUAGCACAUGAUCGCCAGGAGAGAAAGUCAAAAUAUAUUCAAACACUAAUGGAAAAGGCGAAAGAACGAGAGCGAGAACAUGAGAUAGUAUAUGAGAGAAAACUUGCUAAAGAGAGAAGUCAAGAUGAGCACCUCUAUGCUGACAAGGAUAAGUUUGUUACAAGUGCCUACAAAAAGAAACUUGCGGAGCAAGCAAAAUGGUUGGAGGAAGAACGUCUUCGUCAACUUCGGGAAGAAAAGGAUGAUGUCACUAAGAAGAGUGAUAUCAGUGAUUUCUAUUUCAACCUAUCAAAGAACGUUGCUUUUGGUUCCAAAGAGGCCGAGUCAAGGAAGAAUAGACGGCUGAGGGAAGAGGCCACUGUUGAUAAAUCAGAAAAAGCUCCUCCAUCAACCAACAUGCGUUUGGAAGCUUCCGAGGUGGGAGAUAGGCGUCGUGGUGAAACUUCUACCCUUCCCAAGGCGAGUCCCGAGUCUAUAGAUACAAAACCAAAUUCCAGUUCUUUGACAGAAGGAAAAACUUUAAGUGAACCAACAGCUGACGAACAGUCUGAGUCUAUGCAUACAAAGCAAAAUUCAAGUGCUUCCGGAGAAGAAAAGGAUGUAACUGAACCAGUAGCCGAUGAACCGAAACCUGAUCAUCAUAAAAGGAGUGUAGAUGCAGUGGCUGCAGCAAAAGAACGAUUUUUGGCCCGUAAGAGGGCAAAGGACCAGUAGUCACUUGCAGUUCCCGGAGCUUUUCAGUAGCGUUCCUCCUCUUCAUCUAUCAUUUCAGCUUCAUGUAAUAAUCUUUCUUCGCGUGGUUUUGGUGAGGGCCUGGAAGAAGAUAUUUCCUUGUGAUGGAAUUAUAUGCUUGAUCUAAAAGACCAGUAAGCAGCAUCACCAAAUCCAUACGGAGCCUAAAAUUCCUUUGAUUCUGGCAUUGUUUAUCCAUUUCCGGGAACAUGGCUUCUUAGGGCUAUACUGAUAAAUUAAUCUUUGCUGUAAGUUGUAACGCACCAAAUUUGUUCUUCUAAAUGGGUACCACGCGUUUCAACUCCA